AUGGCCUUCAACUUCAACUGGUCGCCCUUAUCUACCGACGCCGGCUUCCUGCCUCGGGCCCAGGAACUCCUCACGAAUGCCCUGAACCGAGCCGAUCCUAAACCUGCCAUCAUCGUCGACGAUAUCGUGGUGAAUGAGUUGAAUCUGGGAGAUGUACCGCCGGAGCUGGAAAUUCUGGAGAUCGGGGACCUGGCCGAGGAUAGGUUUCGAGGCACCUUUAAGAUGAUGUACAAGGGAAACGCAUACCUCACGCUCAAGACCAAGGUGCAGGCCAAUCCGUUAAACACUUAUCUACGCACACGAUCCGCGUUUGCUUCACCACAGCCGUUGGCUGCGGAUACUGGCCUCACCAUCCCCCUACAGAUCACGCUUUCAGAGUUUCGCUUAACGGGCUUCAUCAUCUUGGUCUUUUCGCGACAGAAGGGCUUGACUCUGGUCUUUCGAAAUGACCCUCUCGAAUCCCUUCGCGUCUCGUCUACUUUCGACUCGAUCCCAUUCGUGGCCAACUUUCUGCAAAAGGAAAUCGAAACGCAACUGCGUGGUCUGCUCAUGGAUGAAUUACCCGCCAUCAUUCAUAGGCUAUCAUUGCGAUUGUGGGUACCAGAGCAGCAAGCCCAAGAGGAACGGGAACUGGGUACGUUGCAGCCAACCAAAGAUGAGGUUGUGGUCGACCCUCUCGCCAGCCCUCCUCAAGACCCUGUCGAUAGUACCGGUGCAGUCUUGACUCCCGCUGAAAUCGCAUCUCUGUCGCUCGAUUCAUCUGUCGAGACCCAAUCGUUGUUCUCGAGGAAGAACCUAAUCAGACUUGCAACAUUGACCGAUUCACACCGGACUCUGUCUCUGUUCACUCCUUCAAUCCGAGACGCGGUGUUCAGAGCCUGGACUGGCCCUUUGGAACGUGGCGAAAUGUCGCCGUCCCAUCCUCAUACGAGAUCUCCUACGCCCGCGUUGUCGAGAUCGCAUUCGUAUGCUGGAAGUCUGAGUACUGCAACCACCUACACGUUCGACAGCACUCAUACACGACCGACCCUGCAGACUAUGAAUUCUGCGAGUCAUGGAUUAGGUAUGGGCGGCGGACGACAUGGACAGGGACAUCGCCGCAGAAGGAAGAAGCGAGUGGUCGAUUUGCGCGCCCACCCAGAGACGGGAGAGCCCGAGAGCGUUACGGAGUCUGGCAGCUCAAACAUCGACACGGAAAGUGUUUCUGAAAGUACCUCAGCCACAGCACCUUCGGUGUUUUCUGCACCAGCCGCUACCACCUCAUUUGACUCUCCACGGGGCUUGGGUAUCAUUACACCGCCGACGAGCCCAGUCGUUGCGAGAAAACCUGGCCUGCCACAAAGUCUACAUCAUCGGAGCAACAACAGUGGAACGCGGAGCGUCAGUGAAGGCAUCCCAGGGCUUUCUGUGGCUGCACAAAUUGACGAACGUCGACUAGGCGUGGAAGCUACGCCAAAAUCGUCAGAUCCCAACGCAACAAUCCGUGUGCGUAACAAUAGGAGGAUUAUUCCCACCAUAGCAACAACGAGCAAUGUUGACGACGACGAAACUCCACGAGCAUCGUUGUAUAUUCCUCCACCUCAAAAGGAAGGCCAAGUCCCACCUCCACUUUCGUUCCAACAAAGUACAACGGCGUCUCCUGCCAUCCCCGCAGGCCCCUCUACUGAGAAAUCCGGCCUUCAGGAAGCCGGAUCGGGGUCGGGGCCUUCUCUGACACCACUCCCUAAUUUCCUUCAAUUCGUGGCCGACCCAAGCAACGCAGGCAGUAUCGCCGAGCGAGCGUGGAUGAUGAAAAUGGCCGCGGAAUUGGCUCGAAGAUACGAAGAUGAGAGACUCAAGGGCAGUUUUGGCCCAAUGUCUCCCAGGGAGGAGGAAAGACUGCCGCCUCCUGCCUAUGCGAGAUGA